CACUCUCAGACACACACGCACACACACACAGACGGACAACAGUGCCGACACUCAAGAGGACAACUCCUCAGAAGAGAAAAGUGAUAGACUGGUUGGAGGAAAGAAGUGAGAGAGAAGAGAGAGAGAGAGCGAAGCUUUUGGCAACAGGUUGAAGAUGCUGUGUCCUGCGUGGUUAUUGGCUGUGGCCAUGUUGGGCGUGGUCAGAGGGGUGAAAGGUCAAUGCUGGGAGAACCCUCGCUGUCAAGACCUCAGCUCUGAAAACAACUUCCUGGAGUGUAUCCAGCUCUGUCGUUCUGACCUCACUGCCAAAUCUCCCAUCUUCCCUGGCAAGGUGCAUCUCCAAUCCCCUUUCCCCUCCGACCCUGACUCCCCUCUCCCCUCCUCCCCUCUGUCCCUCCUCUCACCACCCUCCCCCCUGUCCCCCUCGGAGCAGCAGAACAGCGUGUCCCCCCAGGCCAAGCGUUCCUACUCAAUGGAACACUUCCGCUGGGGAAAGCCUGUGGGCCGUAAGCGCCGCCCGGUGAAGGUCUACACCAACGGUGUGGAGGAGGAGUCCUCCGAGGCCUACCCCAGCGAGAUGAGACGAGAGCUGGAGGCUGGGGCUGCGGAGGGGGGCGAGGCAGAGGGCCUGGGGGGCGAGGCAGAGGGCCUGGGGGGUGAGGCAGAGGGCCUGGGGGGGGUGUUUAGUCUUCAGGAGAAGAAAGACGGCUCGUACAAGAUGAACCACUUCCGCUGGAGCGGACCACCUGCCAGUAAGCGCUAUGGAGGGUUCAUGAAAAGCUGGGACGAGCGCAGUCAGAAACCACUGCUCACGCUGUUCAAAAACAUUAUCAUCAAAGAUGGACAGCAGAAGAGAGAGCAGUGAGGGAGGGAGGGAGAAAAGGGAGGAGAGGGGAGUUGAGGAGGGGGAGGAGAAGAGGGUGAGGAAAUAAAAUUUCCAGGGUUGAGGGAGAGAAAGUCGCUGUAGGACGUAGAUCCAGUAAGCUCUCAUUUGAUUGGCUAAAAGCACUGUCCUCUGACCCAGCGAUGAUGUUAGCUAAUACUGUAAUUAAGUCUCCAAUAAAUUCUAACUCUGUACAGAA